GGACCGAGAGAAGUGUCCUGUACCUGGCUAAGUGUCCCCACCUUCUUUCAUGUAGUGUACCUGGAUUCCUUAUAGGGAAAAUAAGGAAGUGGCUAGAUCCAAGUUGAAAGGUGUUUCUACCUGCAUGGCAGUUUCAGUCUCUGUAAGAUUGCAUUCCCAGCUCAUGUGUGGACUGUAGUACAUUACUAGCACUUGCUGAUUCUGAUUUACAGGGAAUGUAGUGACCUAUAACUGGAUCACAGUUCUACAGCCCACCUAACCACUAGAGUUCAGAAGAUAAAGUGUUUUUUUGUUUGUUUUUUCCAUAUAUUUAUCCAGCCAGAAGUAAAAACGAAUGGGGAUUGAAUUGAUUUGGCUCUUAGCUUUUUUUCUGCAUGGAAAAUAUCAUGUUCAAGGAAGUUGUUCCCUGGGAAGUACAAUGACAUGUGGAGACUGCCUGAAGUUAGGACCACACUGUGCUUGGUGUUCCCAAAAGAAUUUCACAGAUGUGUUAGAUAUCGCAGCCCGCUGUGACACUCAGGAGAUUCUCCUACAGAAAGGCUGCCCACUGAACCACAUUGAAUUUCCAAAAUCCAAAAUUGAAACACACAAGAAUAAUCCAUUGACAGAAGGAGUCCAGAUAAACAGCAAAGAUGUGACACAGAUUUCGCCACAGAAGCUUGUCCUUAAACUGAGGCCAGGAGAUGAAGUAACAUUUCAAGUCAACAUCCGUCAAAGUGAAGAUUAUCCUGUAGAUUUAUAUUACCUUAUGGACUUGUCUGGCUCUAUGAAUGAUGAUCUGAAGACCAUACAGGAGCUUGGAUCCACUCUUUCAAAAGAAAUGGGCAAACUGACAAGCAACUUCCGCCUUGGGUUCGGGACUUUUGUAGAAAAGCCAGUUUCUCCGUAUAUUAAAACCGUUAAAGAGGAAAUUGAGAACCCUUGCCACACAGUGUCCAUAUACUGCUUACCAACCUUUGGAUAUAAGCAUGUUUUAUCAUUAACCCACAAUACAACACACUUUAAUGAGAUAGUAAAGAAACAGAAAAUAUCAGCGAAUAUUGACACACCGGAAGGAGGAUUUGAUGCGAUUAUGCAGGCAGCAGUCUGCAAAGAUCGAAUUGGAUGGAGGAAUGGAUCAAUGCAUUUGCUGGUGUUUGUGACGGACGCUGAUUCUCAUUAUGGUAUGGACAGCAAAUUGUCCGGUAUUGUGAUUCCGAAUGAUAGUCAAUGCCAUCUAGACAGCAAUAAUGAAUACGACAUGUCAACUGUCCAGGAAUAUCCAACACUUGGGCAACUGAUAGAAAAGCUGGUGGAGAAUAACAUUCUGCUCAUUUUUGCUGUUACUCAAAAUCAGGUUCCAUUAUACGAGAAUUAUGCCAAGCUAAUACCCGGAGCCACUGUUGGACUUUUGCAUAGAGAUUCCGGAAAUGUAUUGCAGUUGAUUUUAACGGCAUACAAGGAGCUGAGGUCGGAAAUUGAGCUUGAACUGUCAGGAGACACAGACGGACUUAACCUCUUCUUUACUGCACACUGUAAUAACGAAACAGAUACCCCAAAUAGCAAAAGGUGCCAGGGAAUCAAAGUCGGCAACAGGGUUUCUUUCAGUGUGAUUAUAAAUGCAACAUCUUGUGAAGAACAAAUACGGCAUAUGAUAAUAAAGCCUGUGGGUCUUCAAGAAAGUCUGGAGAUUGAAAUUCAUUCGGAGUGUACUUGUUCUUGUACAGCAGACGCUGAUGAGGAGAGCGCCGAGUGCAGCCAGGGAAGUGGCGCCUUGGCGUGUGGAGUUUGUGUAUGUAAACCUGGAUUCUUGGGAACCCGUUGUGAAUGCAACGAGGCAUCUCUGAACAGCAGCUCUUGUCAGGAACUGGACACGUGCUCUGGGCGAGGGGAGUGCUUCUGUGGACAGUGCCUCUGCAACCCCUCUGUGUAUGGAAAAGUCUACGGGCAGCGUUGUGAAUGUGACGACUUUUCAUGUGUGAGGCACAGGGGACUUAUUUGUGGAGGUCAUGGAAACUGUGAGUGUGGAGAGUGUGCCUGCCAUGGUGGGUGGAUUGGCCAAUACUGCAACUGUACAACAAGUACAGACUCCUGCAUAUCUGACACUGGGACCCUUUGUAGCGGGAGAGGUAAAUGUGAAUGUGGCAAGUGCAUCUGCAACAGCGUUGGGGUAUCCGGCAGUACCUGUGAAAAAUGCCCAACUUGUGGUGAUCCGUGCAACUCAGCAAGACCCUGUGUUGAAUGUCAUCUGUUUUCAGAAAAGCAGGACUAUGGGGCAUGUGUAGAGACAUGUUACCUUCUGGAUUCCACACUCAGCAAAGAUGAAGAUUUCUCAGAGGAUAAAUCUAUUUUCUGUACCAUACAAGGUGAAAAUGAAUGUGCUAUUACAUUUAGGAUGGCGACGGAUGAGCAAGGAAAGAAAGUAAUUUAUAACAUACGCCAAAAUGAUUGCCCUAAGCCACCGAACAUUCCAAUGAUCCUCCUGGGCGUCUCUAUCACUAUUGCGUUGAUUGGUAUUGUGUUGUUGUGCAUAUGGAAACUUUUCGUGUCAUUUCACGAUCGCAAAGAAGUUGCUAAAUUUGAAGCAGAACGGUUGAAGGCCAAAUGGGAUUCGGGGGGAACAAACCCACUAUACAAAGGUUCCACCACUACAUUUAAAAAUGUUACCUACAAACGACAAGAAAAGAGAAGAGAUGGCGCAGUGUGAAGGCUCCAUGUUACUUAAGAAGGUUAAUGUGUAGGAGGAUCCUCCCUGGGCCUAUUUGGCAGCUGUGAAAUCAAUAGUUCUAGUGCUAAAACCUUUAUGAAAUAAUAGUUUCUCAGUCUCAAGUCUAGGUUGGGGCUUUGCUCACGUUACAGGGAUUAUGGAAAGCCAAACACUUACCGAAAACAAGACACAAAGUUGCACUAGUAUUACUGACAAGUUUCCAGAUAUGGGUCAUCUUAGUAAUGUUUCACUAGGGCAGAGUACGUAACGUUCCAGAGACAACAUAUUGGCAGCUAUUUUCUGUACAAAAUCCAGAAUCUAAGAACAGUGUUAGUUCUCCCUCUCUGACAGGGACCUAACAGGGGGAUAUUAUAAGAUACCCCCUCCAUACCUCUGCUGCUUUGUCUUUGGCUGUAGCUGAAUGCAAGACUAAGACUAAAAAUCAUUAUAACAUACUGUUGAUGGUCUUGAACAUGGGUAUUCCUUUUGAUGACCCAAGGAAGUUUAUAUGUACACAAAGGCAGUCAGAGACAUUAUUUGCCAUUCAACCAACUUUUUAUCUCCCCUUGACAGAUACUGUAUCUCUCUAGUUUUUGAAAUCUUAUUGAAUCUACUACCAAAUAUCAACCUACGAUACAGGCUAUUACAAUACACAACAGUAGUAAAAUUGAUAUUUAGCGUUCCUUAUGCUUGAGCAAGGUGGAUCACUAUGUGGAACAUCUCAUACAUUUAGUACAGAUCUCAGGUGCAGAGAGUAACUGACUAUAAAGAGGCUUCACCUAUAACAGCCACUCUUCUGGAAAAAAGUAAGUUCUUACGGUACGUGGAUGCCACCAGGACAUAUACACUGGAUCAUAGGAGUCAAUGUAGAAACUAGGUGAGAACAAGGAAUGGGCUGAAGUGGGAAAUAGCUACUACAGACAUACAGUAAGUGAAGAGUAGUAGAUGAGACCAAGGUCAGGAGUUAGGCAGAUAGAAACAAUUAGAAACUUAAACACAGGUCACUGCAGACUGAAAAAUCCAAGAACCAGCAGGGAGGCUAAGCCCAAUCCGUAACCAAUCAGAUCCCCCCCCUCCCCCAGGCCAGGCAUAAUUAUACAGCAGCUAAGCUGCUGAGAGGCCAUUGCCUGCCACCCAUCAGGACCAGAAUUUCCUGCAGCCAACGUGACAUGGCGUCCCGGUCACCUAGCAACAGCCUGGACCCAUUUGAGUUGUGAGCAGCUCCGGAGGUUCCUAAUGCAUGGUAGAGAAAACUAAAAUAAUACAACAUAGGUUCUCAAACUUGUUCCUCAGGACCCCAAACAGUUCAUGUUUUCCAGGUCUCCUCACAGAAUUAAUAGUGAAAUAAUCAGCUCCACCUGUGGUUACUUUAAACUGUAUCGGUGAGUAAUGAAUAUGCCUAUGCACCUUAUAGGUGAUCUGGAAAAUGUGGACUGUGUGGGGUCCUGAAGACUGAGUUUGAGAACCACUGUAAUCAAGGGCGUAGCUACCAUAGGUGCAGGGAGUGCAACUGCUAUGGGGCCCAGAGCUGAGAGGAGCCCAUCUUCCCUGUCAGAGUUACAUGUGUUAAUUACAUUUUUCCCAUCGGGUGAUGCAUAGAGGCACUUACAAACUUUUGCCUUGUAGCCUACAAUACAUCUAGCUACUCAUUGUAAUAAUAUGGUAUAAAAUUAACAGGAGGGCACUAUACUGUUACAUAAUUAGGAACUGGGGGCACUGUAAUGGGCACAGUAUGAACUGGGGGGGCUAUAAUUUAGCAUAAUAUAAACUGGGGACACUGUAAUGUGGCUUAAUACGUACUAGGGGCACUGUAAUGUGGCAUAAUAUGAACUUGAGAUACUGGUAUGUCAUAAUAUGAAUUGUGGGUACUUUGUUGCAUAAUGUGUACUGGCAGCCCUAUAAUGUGACAUAAUGUGAACUAGGGCACUACUAUGGUUCAUAAAAUAAACUAGGGCACUACUUUGGGGUAUAAGAUUAAAAUGUUGCCAUGGGGCCCCUGACUGUAAUAUAUUGAGUAAACUUAAUUAUCACAAUGAAAGCAGGACUAAUAUAGACUAAAAAGUAGCCAAAGGCUGCAGUUAGUGCAAAUUUUUGGGGGGGAGAAUGUUUUUUCUUUUACACCAUGUUUAUAACUGUCCUAUGACAUUUUGCAAUCUAUGUCCUGUCCCCUGGAACACGUGCUGACACUAUGUCAUCAUAGGCAUAUAAGAACACACAUUUGCUAAUUUUACAGGGGACUCCCCUCCUGGAUAUCCUGAAGUGGGAGGUUUAAGGGGCAACUGUGGGUUGGUGUGGUGCCAUGAAUCACAUAAUCAUGGCACUGCCCAUGCUGCAAAAUAACACGAUCCACUGCAUUUUGCAGUGUACAGUUGGGCCACAAUUAUGUAAUUCCCAGCAAAUCACAUCAUAAAAUCAGGGACUUGUUGCGCUAGCCCCCCCCUCCUCGCCAUUCCGCUGCCGGGAUGCCGGCGUCGGUAUGCUGACCGGAGUUCUCCUGACCGCUGGACACGCAAUACACACCCCCUGUGUGUCAGCAUCUCUUCAUUUUAUUUUAGGCUAUGUACCAAAUGCAUUAACUUAUUCGCUCAAUAUGCAAAUGUACACAAGUUAAGUGCGUGUGAAUGGAUGUUGACGUAAAAAUCACUGUAACAUAUAAGAGUAAAUAUUUGUGUGUCUUACUUGUGUUGCGCUGUGAUGCUUUAUUUUGAAUGUUUCUUAUUCUAUUUCAGUGUAUCUGAUGCAGUUGAAAGCUUACAGUCAUCUCAAUGGAAGCGUAUUAUAAAUACAAGCAGUUGCACUUAAUAACCAUAUACAUAUGCGUUUCCACGUCUUUGGCUUUAACAAGAUAACAAAUGUCCUGUUUUGCCAUAGAUUUGUUUAAAAAAAAAAAACCAGAUUGAAUGCACUAGGGGCCUAAUUAAUUCAUAUGUGGUUGUUCUUGUGAUUGCUGCUAACUUUUGCCGUUCGCAAUCGCGACUAUAUGCUAAUAUGGGCAGAAGCUAACCUGAGCAUAGAGACGCCCACUGCUGUUGCAUCAUUUCUGUCCGUGAGCGUAUAACAGCUGCUUCUCAGAUGCAUGUGCGGUAAGAUAACAUAGACCAAUUUGUGUACAAUAGCUACUUUGUGACCACAUCUGAAUUGGGUCCUAGAUGCAUAAUAAGUGCAUAUCAAUCCCCUACAUAAUUGCAGUGCAGGGUACAGUAUAUGCAGUUUCUAUUUCUGGUUUUUAACAUGUGUUUAAAAAUGCAUGUGCUCCAAAUGUACCUUAUUCUAACAAUUUAAAAUACAUAUUUUUUGUUUUCGCGAAAUCUUUACAUUUAGGCAAUUGCAUCAAUCUGUGAUUAGUGAUUGUUAAUAAUUAUUAUUGUUGAAUAAUUGUUUUUUUUUCCUACUUAGAGCUGCGUAAGUUUUAUCAUGAAACAACAAAUCCCUGUUAAAUGUAGUGAAAUGAUUUUAUGAAUGGGAACUUUUUUUUAUGACUGUAGAUUUUUCACUCGACACUGUUGUACAAAAAAGAACAAUGGGGGUAAUUCUGAGUUGAUCGCAGCAGGAACUUUGUUAGCAGUUGGGCAAAACCAUGUGCACUGCAGGGGAGGCAGAUGUAACAUGUGCAGAAAGAGUUAGAUUUGGGUGGGUUAUUUUGUUUCUGUGCAGGGUAAAUACUGGCUGCUUUAUCUCUACACUGCAAUUUAGAUUGCAGAUUGAACACACCACACCCAAAUCUAACUCUCUCUGCACAUGUUAUAUCUGCCUCCCCUGCAGUGGACAUGGGCCCUCAUUCCGAGUUGUUCGCUCGGUAAAAAUCUUCGCAUCGCAGCGAUUUUCCGCUUAAUGCGCAUGCGCAAUGUUCGCACUGCGACUGCGCCAAGUAAAUUUGCUAUGCACUUAGUAAUUUUACUCACGGCUUUUUCAUCGUUCUGGCGAUCGUAAUGUGAUUGACAGGAAAUGGGUGUUACUGGGCGGAAACAGGCCGUUUUAUGGGCGUGUUGGAAAAAACGCUACCGUUUCCGGAAAAAACGCAGGAGUGGCCGGAGAAACGGAGGAGUGUCUGGGCGAACGCUGGGUGUGUUUGUGACGUCAAACCAGGAACGACAAGCACUGAACUGAUCGCAGAUGCCGAGUAAGUCUGAAGCUACUCUGAAACUGCUAAGUAGUUUGUAAUCGCAAUAUUGCGAAUACAUCGUUCGCAAUUUUAAGAAGCUAAGAUUCACUCCCAGUAGGCGGCGGCUUAGCGUGUGUAACUCUGCUAAAAUCGCCUUGCGAGCGAUCAACUCGGAAUGAGGGCCAUGGUUUUGCCCAACUGCUAACAAAGGGGGUAAUUCCAAGUUGAUCGCAGCAGGAAAUUUUUUAGCAAUUGGGCAAAACCAUGUGCACUGCAGGGGAGGCAGAUAUAACGUGCAGAGAGAGUUAGAUUUGGGUGUGGUGUGUUCAAUCUGCAAUCUAAAUUGCAGUGUAAAAAUAAAGCAGCCAGUAUUUACCCUGCACAGAAAUAAAAUAACCCACCCAAAUCUAACUCUCUCUGCAAAUGUUAUAUCUGUCCCUCCCCUGCAGUGCACAUGGUUUUGCCCAAUUGCUAAAAAAUUUCCUGCUGCGAUCAACUUGGAAUUACCUCCCACUGACUACUAAACUUACUGUGUUAUCAUCCAUUCUUUUCUCAAUGGAGAACUGUUAUUCAGAUUUAUUGCAAUUUAAUUAUGUUAUGUAUUUUCUUAAUGUUUUGACCAAAGGCUGGUCCUUGUUUGAGGUCAAGAUGUUGAUUUUUAGUACUGUUUCUGUAUUUUGUUUGUGGAUGAAUUGAUUUCA